CUGACCAAAUCAACAAACGACGCCGCGAAAGCGGGCUGUCGGUGUGAAAAAUUACACUGGACCACUGGUAAUGAACCCCUUAUCGUUGACAAUUCAUCAAGUAUGGCAACACAUGUAUUGUAGUGCAUGAACCUGCCAGCACCUAGCCAACAUGGGGAUCCGGGGACUGUUGUCGUACUGUCGAGAAGACAUCUCUGCAUGUGCUGACACCAUCGACCUGGUCGAGGUUGCACGGCACAGGGAUGGAAUUACGAUUCUUGUCGACUUUUUCUCCUUUGAACACCUCAUCUUGGAACAAUUCUGGCGUGGUCUCUCAGACAUGUGUCACAACCCUUACCUCCAGUUUGAUGGGGGUGAAUACCAGACCCUUGACUCCUACCUGUCAAAGUUCAUAAAUGAUUUAAAAAGUUUAGGAAUUGAACUUGUGUUCUAUGUGGAUGGUGCCAAGGGAAGUUCAUAUGAGGGAACUAAGCAGAAGCUUGAAACGUGGAAGCAUCGGCACAUGCAGGAAGUUCAGAGACUGAGAGAGAUCAUGGACAUGUGUCGGGGGGUGUUUCCUGUUGAGCAGCUUCACCGUGAGGCUCGUAUGCGGCCUGUGCUGUUAGAGAUCCAGUUUACAAAUACCCUGAAAGCUUGUGGGUGUACUGUACACCAGCUGCCUUCAGGAGAGGCAGAUUACAUCAUUGCACAAGAAUUAGAGACAAAUCCAAAGGCUGUGGCUGUCCUGAGCAAUGAUACAGAUUUCUUAGUGUUUCGGAAGGGGGCGAUGAUUUCGAAUGAGAUGUUUGACGUACAUGGUGACCUUCAACUUGGUAGGCCGAUGGCUCUGCCAGAAAAACCUCUCAGACUUGUAUGUCAUGUUUUAAAGGCAGAAAAGGUUGCACGGAGCCUUGGGUUGACAGAACAUGCUCAGAUUGUGGAACUGAGCAUCGUUGCAGGCAAUGACUUCACCGGACCAUUCAUGCGAAGUGGACUAUUUCACUCGCUUGGUAUCGAAGGUAGUCGAAGUAUUCCGAAGCUGGCCUCCUUGGUGAGGAACUACGGUAAUGUGGAGAACCAUCCGGCAAUCCUCCGCCGUAUGCGAAGAGAUCAUCAGUUCGCAGCUGCCAUAACUCACACCCGCAACUUCUAUAUGCUGACUUGCCCCGCGGAAAACCACAGUACAGGGGGCUUCAUCUACAACCUGCUGUGUGAAGGCAUAGAACAUGGGUCCUUCGCCCCACACGUCCUUGGUUUCCAUAAUGGCUUGUACUGGCGCCGCAUCUUUGUGGAAGAGGUGGCUCACGGACAUCCAUCCUCUGAAAUGGCUUUAAUUGGCCUGAGGAUGUACAUCUAUCGGAUUGUUCUACCAACCAACAAACAUCAGGUUACAGAACAUGGUCGAUCAGACCACAAGGACUACCAAUACACGAGGAUCAAUGCAACAGAAAACAGGAUGAUUCCUUCAAUCAAGGACAUAAAACCACAGGAAAUAUUCGAGAAUCUGAGGCUCUUUGAUCGCAUUAUGUCCCAUCAGGAACCCCAGGCCUUCCCAAUGACCUGGUUUGAUCGAUAUGGAAGAAAAAAUGGUUUCAUAUGUUACGUCCUACGUUAUUUCCUUCUCCAAAACUGGGACUACAACCUGCGCAUAUCCGAAAAAGAGUUCCUGGCUUUGGUUGCCAUAGCAUUGACAAGACAUGAAACAUGGUACCAAAGACUCGGUCUGAGGCCUACUCCAAGAUGUGUUACUGUUGGCAACUGGUUCCAGAAUAUUUAUCGUCAUGCGUUCCUGUUUCUGGGCAGUCUGUUGUACCUGACCCAUGAGUUUCCGCUGCCCAAAGAGAUCUUCUCAGGCUCUGUGUGGACAGCCUUCCACGCCUGCUGCAGUGAUGAGGAAUGGGAUGCUGGCUGUAGACAGGUAUCCCGAGAUGCCCUGAUGCGUGUUCAGCACGAGAUGGAUGCUAUCAUCAGAGAGAAACGCCACAUGAUCAGAUACCUUACCGAGAAUGUCUUCUACUUUGAUGACAGGUACUGAAGUUCACCUCGUUAAUGUCAGAAGAUCCGACUUGUGUCGUGUCAUCAGGAAGCACAGCAUCCAGAUACAGGUCUGACUCUACAGCUGCAUCAUCCAGGUGUAUCCUGGUACUGUAGCAAGUGGAAUGUUUGGAGUGAGCCCCUGGAUUAAAAAAAUGGAUGCUGUUCUCAAAGUUUGAUAAAUAUCUCAUCUUCAAUUACUUCCACUGCAAACGUCUUGAACUGGACAACGUGCCUCUAUGUUGAAGAAACCAGAACAAAAACAGGCCCAACUAUGCAUCUAGGUGUGGCAGGAUGGAUUCUUUGGCUUUUGUUUUGAUGCUUGCAAAAUGGUGACACCCUUAAAAAAUGGAUGCUGUUUAAAUAUCUCGUCAUGAAUCACUUCCACUGCAAAUGUCUGGAAUGGGACAACAUGCCUCUAUAUUGAAGAAACAAGAACAAAAACUCCUAAAUAUGCAUAUAGGUGUGGCGGGAUGGGAGUCUUUGUCUUUUUUGUGAUGCUUUAAAAAUGGUGACACUCUUUGUACCGGAUGGUUGAUUAGUUUGAUUGAAGUUGUGACUGAUCUCAUUCACAUUGUACAUGCUUCUCCAUAGUCAUAGUCAUCAUCACCCCCCUAGCCAUAAAUUUUGAACAGUUCCUAAGACAACAUUUUGAGAUAGUGUGCCAAUUUGGACACAUUCUGUUUAUGGUUGGGCUGGUGAGAUGAAAGCACUGUCCAAGUUAUCCCCCCUUGAUUCCACCAUUGGGUUUCUUUAAAGACAAUGAUCAUCUGGCAGAAAUGGCUGUGAUGCUGCAUUUUAGCCACACAUUGUCUGAUUCACAUAACCUCGUUCUUACCAUCAUCCAAGUUUAAAAUACUCAGGUAUUUGGGUACUAUUUAAUGAUGGUCUUGUAAGAAGCAACAUAUUGAUGAAUGUAAUACGUGGCUGUUGAAACCUAUUUUUGGUUGUGUUGUCAAUAUUCUGUUUUGUUGUUUUAACAAGAAGUAUCAUUUAAACUGUUAAAUAAGUGUGGUUACAGAAUGUCACUAAUUCCAAACAUAUUCUUCUGCAAGUUCAGUAACUAUUCAGAGAACCUAGGUGUUCAUACCUGCUAUCCCUGGGAAUCACGGAUUCAGCUUGCUCAGCUGCUCAGACACGUUGACUUGCUGUUGCCCAGACUCCCAUCACUAACAUCAUCAUCAUCAUCAAACUUUAUUAUAGUGUGACCAAGUAAUGAAAACACAACUGUGUAUUGAGUUCAAUUCAGUUUAGUUAUUAUCAGCGUGAUGAGACACAUGGAACAUUCACCCAAAACUAGCUCCUUUCACCUCUGGCUCUCACCUUUGUCUUUAACUCUCACACUAUCUCUUAUCAGUGGGGCGGUGGGGUAGCCUAGUGGUUAAAGCAUUCACUCGUCAUGAAGAAGACCCGGGUUCGAUUCCCCACAGGUGUACAAUCACUGAAGCCCAUUUCUGUUGUUCCCCAGCUGUGAUAUUCCUGGAAUAUUGCUAACAGAAGUGUAAAACUAAACUUAAUCACUCACUUUCUUAUCAGAAGAGCUCUACCUCCAAACCAAUGCUGGGUCAGUCUGUCUCUUAUAUGUAGAUCUGUACCUCAUAACCGGAGCUGGGGCUGUCCUUGUCCUGAGUGCCUUAAGCAAACCCCAGAUGACAAGUAUUUAUAACUUUAUCCCGAUUGCCUUAAGUACUCAGGAAAAUAAAGACCUUAAGCACACUGAUUUUCCCCCAGUAAUCAUAAUGUUAUAUUACCCUGUGACAACACUAUAAAAAGACAUUCAAUAUUUUUUUUCUCUUCAGUUUUCUUUGUUACAGUAUAUUUAUCAUUUGUUAAUGGUGAGGCUCCAAUACAAUACGUAUCCCAAUAAUAUGGGUGCUAUACUCUCCUGAUGCAGGAUUUUCAUUUCAUUAAGUUUGUAUUUGUGCAUUUUUUUAAAGCGAAUCACAACUCUGAAUCAUUUGUUUUCAAAUCAUUUGUCCACUCAUCACGUUGAAGACCUGGGUUCGAUUCCCCUCAUGAGUACAAUCUGUGAAGCCCAUUUUUGGUGUCCCCCACCAUAUUGCUGGACUAUUGCUAAAAGCGGUGUUAAACCAAACUCACUCAUAUCCAUCAAUAUAACUUAUCAUUAAAUGCAUUGUAUGUACAGGAGUAUUAAAUCGAUGUAUUAUAUUGUGAACCUUGUACUGCGAUACAAUACUGUACUACCUACCAUAUUGUUACACCACCAUUUGUUACCCUUUAUACAACAGACAAACUGAAGAAGUACCCUGUUUCACAUAGAAAUCUGUGGCGAUUUGGAGUAAGAACUGGUUUUCAGCAAGCAAAUGAUAGACUGAUUGGUCAGACUCUGAUCAUUGUACCAUUGGCAUCGAUCGCUGCUCUUCAAUCACUGGAUUGUCUUGUUUCACACUCCAUUAUUUAUAUGCCCUUAUCACAUGGCUUGAACACAAUAACUACACAGAAAGCAGUCACAGUGCUAUGGUUGUGUUGGGUCCCUUGUCAAGCUUUUUACUGAUUUUAUUAUUACUUGACAUCUGUCAAGCAUGCUUAAUUCUGACGUGACGUAAUGUGUAUUUUAAGAUACAACAGAUGACUGGCAAGACAAAUUGUUGUUUCUAUCAGGAUCCAUUUUCCUAAGUUUGCCAUUGAGUGAGUGAUGAUGUUGAAAGAAUCCUACCUGCUUUCACAAAUCACUGCCAUUGUUUGUGACUGAAUAAUUUCUUGCCCAAAUUACUCAAGUCAUUUGAGUUUUAUGAAUCUGUUAAUCUGAAUAAAGAACAUUGUUGAUGUU